AUGGCGAGUCUCAAAGAGAUCGGGCUUGCCGCAGCUAUUAAUCUUCUAUCGGCAUUUGCAUUUCUUGUGGCAUUUGCAUUUCUACGACUUCAACCGAUAAAUGAUAGAGUUUACUUCCCUAAAUGGUAUCGCAAGGGGGUUAGAGCUAGUCCAACACAUUCCGGAACAUUUGUGAACAAAUUUGUUAACUUAGAUUUAAGAACCUAUAUAAGGUUCUUAAAUUGGAUGCCUCAAGCACUCAAAAUGCCUGAAAGUGAACUUAUUGAUCACGCCGGACUAGAUUCUGUUGUACAAAUCAGGAUUUACCUACUUGGCAUUAAAAUCUUUGUCCCCCUAGCUGUACUUUCUUUUCUGGUUUUAGUGCCAGUCAAUUGGACAGGAAAGACAUUAAAGCACAGCGAACACUUAACAUUUGAUGAUGUUGACAAGCUCUCGAUAUCCAAUGUUGCAUCUGGAUCAAACAGGCUAUAUGCACAUAUAGCUAUGUCCUAUGUCUUCACAUUUUGGACAUGCUAUGUGCUUCACGAGGAGUAUAAGAUAAUAUCAGAUAUGAGGUUGAGAUUUCUGGAAUCUGAAAAUCGUCGCCCUGAUCAAUUCACUGUUCUUGUGAGAAACAUUCCUCCUGAUCUGGAUGAAUCUGUUACUGAGCAUGUCCAACAUUUCUUCUGCGUAAAUCAUCCUGAUCAUUAUCUUACUCAUCAGAUUGUCUACAAUGCAAAUAAGCUUGCUGCAUUGGUGGCACAGAAGAAGACUUUGCAAAAUUGGUUAACCUACUACAAAAAUAAAUAUGAGAGAACUGCAAAGAAGCCAAACACAAAGACAGGUUUCUGGGGUCUUUGGGGAACUCAAGUGGAUGCAAUUGAACAUUAUACUGCAAUGAUUGAGAAGUUGACUCAAGAAGUAAGUUUUGAAAGGGAGAGGAUAAUGAAUGACCCUAAUUGUAUAACUCCGGCAGCAUUUGUUUCAUUCAAAACUCGAUGGGGAGCUGCAGUCUGUGCUCAGACUCAGCAAUCAAGCAACCCUACAAUUUGGUUAACAGAGUGGGCUCCCGAGCCACGGGACGUUUAUUGGGAAAAUCUUUCAGUACCAUAUGUUCAUUUGACUAUCCGAAAAUUUCUCAUGGCUGUUGCUAUGUUUUUCCUAACUUUCUUUUUCAUGAUUCCCAUUGCAUUUGUUCAAUCCCUUGCCAACAUUGAACAGAUAAAAAAGGUUUUUCCUUUCUUGGAGCCUCUUAUAGAAAUUGAUUUUGUGAAGUCAAUAAUUCAAGGAUUUCUUCCAGGGAUUGCUCUGAAGAUAUUUCUUAUUGUACUUCCAUAUAUUCUCAUGGCCAUGUCCCAGAUUGAAGGAUUUAGAUCACUUUCAUCACUGGAGAGGAGAUCGGCCCAUAAAUAUUAUAUGUUCAUUCUUGUCAAUGUUUUUCUUGGAAGCAUUAUUGCAGGAACAGCGUUUCAGCAGCUUGACGUUUUUCUUAACCGGUCCCCAGCGGAGAUUCCAAAAACUAUUGGUGUGUCCAUUCCGAUGAAAGCAACUUUCUUCAUUACCUAUAUAAUGGUUGAUGGUUGGGCUGGAAUUGCUGCUGAGAUCCUCAGAUUGGUACCAUUAGUUAUAUUCCACUUGAGGAACUUUUUUUUGGUUAAGACAGCCCAAGACAGGGAUGAGGCAAUGGAUCCUGGAUACUUUAGACUUGCUUUAUGUGAACCUCGGGUCCAGUUCUAUUUCUUGCUGGGACUUGUAUAUGCUGUCAUCGCACCCAUACUUAUUCCGUUCAUCAUUGUGUUCUUUGUUUUUUCAUACCUGGUAUUUCGUCAUCAGGUUAUCAACGUGUAUGUCCAACUAUAUGAGAGUGGAGCUGCAUUCUGGCCUGAUGUGCAUAGGCGUCUGAUUGUCAAUUUGAUAAUAUCUCAACUGCUUCUCAUGGGUUUGCUAAGCACAAAGAUAGCUGAGAGAGCAAAUUCUGUGCUCAUUCCCCUUCCAGUUUUGACUUUCUGGUUCCACAAAUAUUGCAAGGGCCGUUUUGAAUCUGCGUUUGUGAUGUUUCCAUUAGAGGAUGCAAUGGUGAAGGAUACACUUGAACGGGCUAGAGAACCGACUCUAAAUAUAAAGGCUUAUCUUCGAGAUGCAUAUGUGCAUCCUGUUUUCAAGGGUGGUGACACUGAGAUGCAGCCGCUUAAUGAGGAUGAGCAAGACGACCCACUUGUUGCUACAAGAAGGAAUAUAAGUAGUAAAGCUUCUCCCGAGCCUAGUUAUUUAUCUGGUCACUGAAACAUAAAUACAUACACAUAUAUA